UUGACCAUGAGAGGGCUCAUAUUCUGCUGCCUUGUGGCCUUGGCCACAUGUCAAAGUGUCCGCUAUGAGUUCAGCCUAAACCCGAAGAAAACCUAUGAAUAUAGAUAUGAGGGAUUGGCCAAUUUUGGACUGGGCAUGCCAAACCGGGCGGAAUCGGCGGUCAAACUAACAUGCAAGCUCAAAAUUGUCGGCGUCUCUGCGCAGACCUUCCUCCUUCAGAUUUCAGAUUUGGCCUUCGAGGAGUUUAAUGGCUUCCCGGGGAAGAACAGCUUCAUUGCUGCCCCUAAACUCACUCAGCGCAUCUCGGCCCAGCUCAUCAAGCCCUUCACGUUUGAGUUUGCCAGUGGGCAUGUGGGCAGCAUCUUCGCCUCAGCUGAGGUAUCUGACACCGUUGUCAACAUCGUUAGAGGCAUACUCAGCUUCUUCGACCUGACUGUCAAGACGACACAGAGAUUCUACGAACUCGAGGAGAUUGGCAUACACGGCAGGUGUCCGAGUAACUAUGCCAUUGAAGAAAACAAGGAGACGGGGGACGUGACCGUCACUCAGGUUGUGGAUGUCACGAACUGCAGGGAGAAGGCAGAACGCUACAGAGGAAUGGCAACCGCAGUGCUUGACGAUAUUUCCAAAAAGAGAGGGGAUUCUAUCGUUUCAACCAUGCGAUACGUUUACACAAUCAAACCAACACUUGAGGGUGGCCUCAUUUCCAGGGCUCAUGGAUUGGAACAACAACACUUCAGUCCUUUCAACGUGAAGGGCGGAAGCUUCAAGAUGAAAGCAACGAAGGAAUUACUGCUGCUCGAUGUGAGAGACACACCUUCUCCUGUUACCGGCACAUAUGGGCCAAUGGAAAAUAGAGGCAACAUUGUUUACAAGUUCGUUGAAGUAGGACCACAUCUUCCCAUCGUCAUGCAGAGCUUGGAUGAUGCGGUAUCAAAGGCUGUUGAGUUGAUCAAGCAUUUGGCUCAGGUCAAUAGCUACCAAAUUGAGAGUGCCACAACUGAGGAUGUGAUGAAAUUGUAUCAACUACUGCGAUUGGUGCCAUACGAAGGAUUAGAAGUGAUGUGGAAGCAGUUUGCGGCACAUGACGAGUACAGACGGUGGUUUUUGGACACGGUUGUGGAAGUCAACGAUGCCAGAAUCCUUAAGUUCCUCCAGAUGAGGUUCCAGAAAGGAGACAUAACUGUUUCCGAGGCCUUCCAAACGCUCUUAUUGGCCUUCGAACACCUUGAGCCUCUUCCUGAACUGGUUGAGAUGGCUAAAGGGUUCCUGUGCCUGCCCUACAGUCGAUCUAACGUCUUUAUAUGGCAAACUGUGGCACUUUCUUAUGGCUCACUGGUGUACAAGCACUGCACCUACUACACACCUUGUCCAGUGUCUGCUGUUCAGCCGCUGCUGAACUUUGCCAUGGACAGUCUGAAGAAUAACAAUGAGAAAGACAUGGUUUUGGCUCUGAAAGCUCUGGGCAACGCGGGUCAUCCAGGCAGCAUUAAAACCAUCAUGCGUUUCCUCCCCGGAGUGUCUGCCAAUCCAGUUGAUCUCCCUCCUCGUGUGAAGAGUGCUGCUGUCCAGUCCUUGAGACUCAUUGCUGCACGAGACCCACACAGUGUCCGAGACAUCACCAUGACUCUUUACCUGCAAAAAGACCUUCCGGCUGAGUUGCGCAUGUUGGCCUUGAUGAUCUUAUUUGACACAAAGCCACCGAUGGCGCUGGUGUCCACUGUGACUGCACAUCUGCAGGAUGAGAAAGACCUUCAUGUCAUCAGUUUUACUUACUCAUAUUUGAGAAGUAUGGCCAGAUCCAGAACUCCCGACAAUGUAUUCCUGUCCACUGCCUGUAACGUAGCAGUGAAAAUCCUGGCCCCCAAAUUUGGUCGCCUCACCUAUCGCUUCAGCAAGGCAAUGCGCGUGGACUGGUUUAGUGAUGAUUUAUUGCUUGGCACAGCUGCAGAGUUCUUCAUGCUAAGAAAUGCAACAGAAAUCAUCCCCACUGAAAUCAUGAUGAAAGGAAAAUUGUAUGCCAUCGGUAGAAUUCUGCAGCUUUUGGAGAUUGGCGUUCGUGUUGACGGAAUGAAGGAAUUUCUUGGCUCUAUCGUCUCUGAAUUCAAAGGAGAAUUGAAUGACUUCCAGGCCAUUUACCGGCAGCUUCGGAACUUGGAAACUCAUGCCAGUGACAAACCUCUUCUCCAUGUUUAUUCUCGCGCUUCUGGACAAGAGUGGUUCUUUGCAGAUAUCAACAGAGAAUUUAUUCGCAAUAUCAUUAAUAUUGCCAGUCCUUCUGCAGGCAAAGGCAGCCCUGUGUGGACGGUCAUUGAGAAUUUACAGAAGGGAAUUUCAUGGCAUCGAACAAAGGCCUUCUUAAUUUUUGAGACUCGAUACUUCCAAGCAACCACUCUCGGCCUACCGCUGGAGAUCAGCAAAUAUUAUCAGACACUUAGUGGCAUCACUGUGAAUGCUAAAGCUGCAAUAAAUCCGCCACUGACGGACCACCUUGGACAACUCUUGACCUCAGAUAUUUCACUGGAGACUGAUGGCUUUGUUGGUUGCACAAAGGAUAUUUGGAUGUCCUAUGGUAUCAACACAGAGCUGUUCCACAGUGGUGUUGAAUUUAAGAGCAAAAUACCAUAUUCCAUCCCGUGGAAGCUAUCCGCCAAGCUUAACAUCAAAGAAAGGAAAUUUGAACUCGACAUUCCUUCGAGCAAAAAGGAAGUUGAACUCAUCACAGUCAGUUCUGAGGUAUAUGCAGUCUCGAGGAACAUUGAACUGCCAACUUUGCCGAAAAUGACCCCCAUGAUGCCCAGAGCUAUCGAUUCUAACAGUGAAAUUGUCCACAAGGAUCCGACAGUGCUCAAGCUUGAAACUGAAGAACAGAUGCAGAAGCCCAACAACUGGCAUCCAAGGGACAAAUGGUGCACCGAGAAUAAUAUUUAUGGAGCAGUUUUCUGCAUUGAAUCUGAACUGAGACGAGCGUAUUACCAUGAGGAGUACCCGUUGUAUUACCUCCUGGGAUACACUAAUGUGGCAUUUAAAGCAGUUCCACUCCAGGCAAACAAAGCUGUUGACAAGAUUCAAAUUGAAGUCAAUGCUGGUCCAAGUCAAGACCCUACCAGCACCCAAGAACUCCUUGUAACUCCAAGGAGCCCCCCAAAGGUCUUCAACUCAACACCUGAAGCUAUUUUCAACAUCAGAGCUCUUGCAGUCAACGGGAAUCAUAAGCCUGAAGGUUACGAAACAGUUGUGUACUACACACCCAUGAGCAACCUUAGGAACACCCAACUCAUUGUGUCCCAAGUGGGAGACAAUACCAACUGGAAAAUGUGUAUGGAAUCUGUGCUGGAUGGCCGUGCGGAAGCACAGGCACACCUUAGAUGGGGAGCUGAAUGUCAGUCCUUUGAAAUGUUACUGAAAGCCAAUACUGCGCGUCUGCCUGGUUCCAAACCAACGCUAAGGGCCAAAGUCCAAUGGACCAGAAUCCCAGAAACCAUGGCAGAGUUUUGCACAGGUAUUAAGACCUAUAUCCCAGGCAUGGCUUUCCUUCUUGGCUUCAACCAGCAGUACGAGAGAAAUCCAACCCAGGAACUUUCUGCUUCAUUUGUUGCUGCCUCGGCAGACAGCAUCGAUGUGAGGAUUCAAUUCCCAGAGUAUACAGUCUACCGCCAGUCUAUCCCAGUUCCUCUGCCACGCGGCAGUCUUCAGGAAUUCCAAUACUACGCCAGAAACACAACAAUGUAGAGCCGUGGAUAAUACCAACGAGCGAGACAAGGAACAUUCCAAAUGGAAGAGGUCCCUCCUUUUCGUUGUAAAGAAAAGAAUGAACACAUUUUCGCCACUGUGAUAAAAGGCAAUGUCAGGAAUGCCGAAAAUGUCACCAGUUUAGAAAUAACUCGUCAAACGUCCUGAUUUAUUGGUUUAAGACCAUGUCAAUAUUUGAACAACCAUCUCUGGAGGAAAGUUCCUGUUCUGUGUCCCAAAGCCUUUGAUGCUCAUCAAAGUGGAAUGACAAAAUACAUUUUUCACUCGGAUUCAAGUCACCGAGUUCUGAUAAAAUAUUGUACAGAAUUCGAAUGCAACCACCGUGUUCAGUUUGUGCUUGUCCAAUAUGGGGUCCAAAUGAUCAGGACGAUACCAAAGUUCAGUUCUUUUGUUAAAGAGGCAAUAGCGUCUAUGGUAUCUUUUUAGUUGACAAAAUUAUGAGAGCUGAAGAGCAAA